AUGUCGGUAUCUGCCCAAGAUGGAUGGCCUCAGGAGGCGUCCCGGGAAAGCGCGAGAUUCCAGGCAAGUGUCUUCUCCCUUCAUUCUCGCACUCGACAAGCGAAUACCCGUGAACCAGACAAAGAAGAUACUGAUAUUUUGCGCAAUACAUCAAACAGGGACAAAAAUGCUCUUUCAUGGAGGGAGAGACUCUCACAGCUCGAGGUAGAAAUCCAAAAGGUCACCCAGAAAAACACAUCUCCUCCAACAUCCGAUCUCUGGUCCGAAAUCGAGGUUUCAUCUGGCGUGUUACUUGCAGAUUCCCACUCCCCUCACUCUUUGGAGAACCAAUCCGAUCUGUACAAAUGCGACAUCCAGGUUCCCCCGAAUGUAUCCAUUGCCUCGCAGCUAGCGGUAUUGAGAGCCACCAUGCGUGUCCCAUCAGCCUCUCAACAGCCUCCACUAGACCGCGCAGCACGAUUGGCAAGGCCGUUUCCCCUUGAACUGCCCCGCCCACGACGUGUUCGCUAUCUUCUUGAUGUCUACUUCCGCGAUAUGGACUCAUUUUUCCCAUUCUUGGAUCGCGAGGAUUUGAAUAAGCGCGUAUUCAGUGCAUUACAUCUGCUCGGCUAUUCUGACCACGCAACUAUUGUUGAUGUCGAUGAAGACAAUCACAUAUUACUGGCAGUAUUGUGCAACGUUCUUAUGAUAGGCGAGUCCCUGGAUCCCGAUGAGCAGAGCGAGGAUACGCGACCGGGGUGGACGAUAUACAUGCGAGGUAGAAAGCUUCUGCAGCACUUCUCCUCUCUCCGGGGUUCCAACCUGGACUUUAUCUGCUAUCAUACGCUUUCCACAUUAUACCUACUUCAUUCCGAACUGAUUCAACCCGCUGCACAGGCAAUUCGAACGGCCAUCCAAAUGGCCAUGUUUUCCCGGCUUAAUGAUCAGUCUGUGUGGGCAGCUUGCUCGGCAGAGCAAGUCAAUGCCCGAAAGCGAUUAUGGUGGACCAUCUACUUUCUUGAUAGGCGCAUCUCACAGCGGAGUGGGAUGCCGUACACAAUCCACGAUCGCGAUGUCGCAGUUGAUGAAUUUAAACCCAGACGGAAUAUGGCGGCGAUGGACUCUACCGACUCAUCGAAGGAUGGAGACUAUGUGCAGGCAUUGAUUGAUCUUGGUCGUACAUGGGGAUAUAUCUGGGAUACGUUAUUUGCAGCGUCUGCUGCCAGUCAAGUGGACUGUGACGAGAUCGAAUUGGCUGAUGCUCGAAUUCUUCUCAUCCGACGACAUUUGCCAUCUCAGCUCAGCUGGAGUACAGAUCAUCUGGUCUCUACGUACCUAGCACAGAAUGAAGCGGAGCCUCAGAUUCGUCGCCGUCUAGCGAUGUUCGUGCGAAUCAAUCUCUCACGGAUGAUCAUUCGCCAAAAUCCACUAUGGCCAUGCCAAGGAAACAGCGAUAUGAAGCAUUUUUGCGCCCUGGUCGCACAUGAUACCAUCGAAGCCAUCGCCCUCUACAUUUGGGCAUGUGGACGAGUGCGACCAUCCGGCUUCUUUUUCAUCACCUCCCUUGUUGAAUGCAUGUACCAUCUUAUGUCUGCACUGCAGGAUCCAGCCCUCAAAGCGGACCACGAGACUGCCUUGGAAGCAUUUCGGAUUGCCGAUCAAGUGCUAGAGGAUCUAUCAAAGACGCUAAGUUCUGCCAGCCGGGCGCGUGCAGCGAUUCAGUCCAUUAUUAAUCCUACUGGAGGGGCCCCGGCCAAUAACGAACGAACAGAAUCGUUGCAACCUGAUAACGAUUCCCAUAGCCCAGGGGGUAGUCAACACACAGCAGCCAGCUCGCCUAGGAAUGACGAGGCCAAUGAGGCCGGGCCAGGGAAUGUAUCAACUGCUCAUCCUGCGCAGGGACAAAUUGUCCGUAACGAUGUGCAAUUUCUCAGAGGCUUAGCAGAUAGUUACCGUGAUUUGGAUUGUGGUACUUUUGCAUUACUACAAUAA